CUCAGUCUCGAGAGACUGUUAUUUCCAGUUUCAGUCCGUUACAGUCUCAGAGCUGCAGCCUUACUCGCCUUGUGGUCAUCCACACGCACUGAAGAUGUUUAUGGGAAAUCCCUUCCAUGGGAUGCUUAUAAAAAAAGGGCUCCACAUUACCGGCCUCUAAACUGCUCCAAGGCACAGCACGAGGACAGGACGAGAAGCCCGAGGAGAUACUGACACUCUCACUAACCAUGUACAGCACGGCUUUGUGUCUGGUCACUGUUGCGCUUCUCUGCGGAGGAGCUUUGGCGAAUCCAGUACCCAGCAGCGCGCCGCCGGGGCCGGACGCAGCGCUCUGCACCAGACAUGCCAGAUCUCUUCUGUUCGGGCUGAGGAGAGUCCUGGAUGCAGCGCUGGAGGAACGGAGGGGCAGCGGCGCCUUGUUCCACGGCUUUAACUGCACGGAGCUGCGCGCUGAACUGAGGCCCGACAGCCAGACGGUCGCUGUGUGCCAGCCCGACCAGUAUGUGACGUGUUUUGACCAAAACAGCUCUUCAUUCAGUGAGUCUGAAUGUCUGGAGAACAUCAGAGGAGACCUGCAGCAUUACAAGCUGAUGCUGAGAGACUAUGUGAAGACUCUGGAUCAGAAGCAGAAAUCUCAAUCCAUCACUGAGCUCACCUCCAUUACCAGCCUGAUACAAACCCUUCAGGAGGAAUGUCCACUACUGCCAAAAAGCAAGGAGCCCCAAACAACAACCUGGGUAGCCACAGACCCGUUCUAUGACCGCAUGGAUCUGUGCAAAUGGCUGAAGGGUCUCCACAUCCGCACCGUCACCAUCAACAGAGUGCUCGGCUACAUCAGCGCUGGGGAGUACAAGAAAUAAGCCUGCGAUUUCACUAUUGUCGUCAUCGUCAUCAUCAUCAUCAUUGUUGCCGUCAUCCUAAAUCUCGUUUCCUAACAUUCGUUAUUUUAACCCUAACCAUGACUAUGUGAAAGAUCCAACUCCGCACUACUGUUUUCUCCACACACCGUUCAUCCAUUUCAGCCCUGUAAUGCUACAAGAACUGUUCAGAAUGCAAAAUAUUUUUGCAUAACGAAAUAAUGUAUAAGCUAGCUACGUCUCCGUGGAGAUGGAGGCGCUGUGGUGCCUUGAUCCAUGGUGGUUAUUUAAAUUAUUUAUAUUUAUUGA